CCUCGGCCACCACGUCCCGUUUGGCGGCGGAGUCGACUAGAGUGGGCUAUGUCGGUGACAGCGGCCGCGAUGGCCGAUCCCGAGCAGCGCUGAUUCAUCGCGCCCCACGCGACGAGCGCCGGAGUGGACGACAAGCCGCCUCCGCCGCAACCUUCGUUUGAAAACAAAAAAACAGCCACCACACUCUUCGACCAAGUUUCUCUUCAGCAACGACCCGUCACCCCAUUCACAACAAGUCCGCGCCGUCACUCGGCAGGAGUUCGUGUUUUUUUUAUUCCCCUCCCGUCUCGGGGUUAUCUCAAUGUACGCGCUGGGCGCCUGGGCCGACAUGAAGCCAGAGAUCAGCGCGGCGGUGGGCUUUAUCUGUAAGCUCCUCCGGACCAAGGCGACCGUGGACGAGCGGCAGCUGCAGACCUUCUGCCAGUCGCUGAAGGACCUGCUGGCGGACCAUUAUAAACAUCACUGGUUCCCCGAAAAGCCCUGCAAAGGCUCCGGCUACCGGUGCAUUCGGAUCAACCAUAAAAUGGAUCCGUUGAUCUGGAAGGCGGCGAGCCGGAUCGGACUGAGCAACGAGCAAGUUUACGAACUGCUGCCGAGCGAGCUUACACUCUGGGUCGACCCUUACGAGGUGUCUUACCGGAUCGGCGAAGACGGCUCGAUCUGCGUGCUGUACGAGGCGCACCCGAUGGUGGACGGCAGCCGGACGAGUUGCAAGGACGAGUUACUGAUGGGCAGGACCAGCCCUUGCAAAACCUUCAGCAUGAUGACAGUGUCAAGUUAGGGCUGCAUUGCAAAUGGCCAGUGUGGGGGAGGGGGAGGUUGUCCUGAGAGGGAGGAGAGGAGGAAGGCUUCCCUUGGAGACCCACACCGGGCUUUGCUUUGGAGUUGAUUGCACCUCUUGAAUGUUAAGGGGAAGCCGUGUAGCUCUCACAGGCUGUGUGUGUCUUUUUAAAACUGGGGCACAUUUCAUCUUCUACCAAAUCAAACCAAAAUUUGUAUGUCUAUAGAAAGAAGGGGAAUUGAAAACUGCCAACUGUUUGUACCCAUAACUCAGUAUUUUGACAUUUGGCAAUUUGCUUUUUAGAAAUACAGUGGAUUUUGGUUAAUUGGGACCUAUCAGGACCAGUGCAUUUUGGCCCAAGUAAAUGGUUGUCGCAAUUAGCUAAAGUUUCAUAACAAUUGUUAAAAGGGUAUAAAAAAGACAAACUACCACUUAAUUGAGUAACAAAUUAUGUAUUUAAGUGAAAUACAGAACAAAUGAAUGUUGCAGUACUAUAAAACUAUUACUAAUAGCAACAGAGGAUUUCAAAAAGUGUGUUCUUUUGAUUGAGCAAAAGCAGCGGAGACAGUGCAUAUAGUCCUUUCGAUGAUUGCAUCCUCCAAAUUUUCAUUUUUCAUUGUGACAUUCGAGAUGAUUGUCGACACCUUUGUAAUUCCUAACAUGAAGUAGUGAAAUUGUUUGAUUUUUCACAUGUGGCCAUUUCUGGCAUCUCCAUGCCUGAAUGCUUGAAACUACAGUGAGCAAAACAGUUCUGAAUUGUCUUACUACUUCUUGCCAACUAUCAAUGGCAAAAGUUACUGCUAUUUGAAUACAAACAUGCAACUGACACUAUUUAAAGUGUUCAAUCUAAGCACUGUGUAGGGUCUUAACAGCCACACAAUUGUUUUGCCACACCCUACGUAGAAUGUUCGGCAACAAUUAAAUGGCAUAUUGUGCCAAAUAAAGAGUAUCAAAGGGCUAUUUUCUUGAUUAGUUUUUGCGCUCGUAAGAGUUGUCCCAAUAAGCAGCUGUCACGAUUAACCGAUGGGCCAAUUAACUGGAAUCCACUGUACUUUGAAAUUGAGGAUGGGUGGUAAUUCUUGUCCUUUAGAUUGGGUUUAACAGCCUUUGUCCAGUUCUUAAGAGCACACUGCUCUUUAACAUUUGACUACUCUCCUUUGGAUUAUCUGUACAUUACUAGCCUAGGGUUUUGUUUUUAAGCACUGUUACAGUGAAGUGGAUUCUUGUCCUCUGUGACCAGGUAGCCUCACAAAUAUUGAAUUUGUGAAUUCUAUUUUGACCAUCUCUUGAUAUUUGCUAAAUUAUGAACUGCUGUAAAUUUGUACAGUUCAUGUACAUGGUGGCGAAAGUUGUACAGAUUUCUAUUUUGCAAGAGAAAAUUUUUGUCUUCUAUUGUAAUAAAAUGUUUCCUAUCUUGCCAUUUUAACAAAACAAGAAAUUGGCCUCUG